AGACUGCAUUCACAACCCUUUUAUGCAUUUUGCUUGAAAGUUGUCUCUUCAUGCUUUACUAGCUUAGGAAGUUAAAAUGUGUAUUAUAAAAGUUAAAUCUUUUUUAAAUGGCACAAACCCAUUGACGAGUUGUUGGUGGGCGGAUCUAAUGCCACUUUAACUAUGCAAAAAGAUUCCCCAUUUUCUUUGCAUUACUGUAACUGCUGAAAGAGCAAUCCUCUGAGAUGGGACUAGAAAGAUCCAGGGGGAGCCCCAAAACUGAACCAAAGAAAAUUUUCUUUUCAUAUCUUUAUUCCAAUAAAAAUUUGCGCCACCAGGCCACUAAUACAUGUCACUGAACUCCCACGUUGAGGGGAUCUUCAAGACCGCGUUGUCUUUGGCUGCCAAAAUGGUUUCAACUUCUCCUCCCCUUUCCAAGGAAGAGCAGUCGUCUGUCGAGAAAUGGACGGAAGGCGAUCCCGCUCGCCGAGCCAAAUGGUGGUACUCAACUUUUCACACUGUCACAGCCAUGAUCGGUGCAGGUGUUCUCAGUUUGCCCUAUGCCAUGGCUUACUUAGGCUGGGGUCCAGGGACAAUGGUUCUAGCGUUAUCUUGGUGCAUGACCUUGAACACAAUGUGGCAAAUGAUACAGCUCCAUGAAUGCGUUCCUGGGACUCGAUUUGAUCGUUAUAUCGAUCUUGGUAGACAUGCUUUUGGGCCAAAACUCGGCCCGUGGAUUGUACUGCCACAGCAAUUGAUUGUUCAAGUUGGGUGUGAUAUUGUGUACAUGGUUACUGGAGGGAAAUGUCUGAAGAAGUUCAUGGAGAUGGCCUGUGCCACUUGCACACCUAUCAGGCAAUCUUACUGGAUUUUGAUAUUUGGUGGCAUUCACUUCUUCCUGUCUCAGCUUCCCAAUUUUAAUUCUGUGGCUGGUGUUUCUUUAGCGGCAGCAAUCAUGUCCCUCAGCUAUUCAACUAUAGCCUGGGUAGGUUGCUUAGGUCAUGGUCAGAUUAAUAAUGUGAGCUAUGCAUACAAACACACCAGCACAGCUGACUACAUGUUUCGUGUGUUUAAUGCUUUGGGUCAAAUUUCUUUUGCAUUUGCUGGGCACGCAGUUGUGCUAGAAAUCCAGGCUACAAUUCCAUCAACUCCUGAGAAGCCUUCAAAAAUACCCAUGUGGAAAGGUGCAAUAGGUGCUUAUUUCAUCAAUGCAAUUUGCUAUUUCCCUGUUGCCCUUAUAGGCUAUUGGGCAUUUGGACAAGAUGUUGAUGAUAAUGUGCUUAUGGCACUCAAAAGACCUGGAUGGCUUAUCGCCUCUGCUAAUUUAAUGGUGGUUGUUCAUGUCAUUGGAAGCUACCAGGUCUAUGCUAUGCCUGUUUUCGCAAUGCUGGAGAGGAUGAUGAUAAAGAGAUUGAACUUCCCACCAGGAAUUGCACUUAGACUUGUAACUCGAUCAGCUUAUGUAGCAUUGACACUGUUCAUCGGAGUCACCUUCCCUUUUUUUGGAGAUCUUCUUGGUUUCUUUGGGGGAUUUGGUUUUGCUCCUACAUCAUAUUUUCUCCCUAGCAUAAUGUGGCUGAUAAUCAAGAAACCUGAGAGAUUGAGCACCAAAUGGUUUAUCAACUGGGCUUCCAUAUUCACUGGAGUGUUCAUAAUGGUAGCAUCUACAAUUGGUGGAUUCCGGAAUAUUGUCACUGAUGCCUCCACAUAUAGAUUCUACGCAUAAAUGAUGAUGACAAGUGUACUCAGUUUCAAGACUCUUUAAUUUCUCUUAUAAUGAUGCUUAAUUAUGUUAUGGCUUUCAUAUAAUAAGCGAGCAAUCAACCAUUUCAAUCCAA